AUGACUAUUCAGCCGGUACAUGCGGUAUGCCAGAUAUUAACAGAGGUCGUUGGUGUUGGACAUUAUCCUGGAAAGGACAACAUCUCUUUUUUAAACACCGAGCUUGUUUUAUGGAGGGAACCAUUUAAUGAGGACGACCCUAAUGCUAUCCAGGUCAGGAGUCUGGAGGGGGAUAUGGUGGGACAUCUCAGGAAAGAGCUGGCCGCAUCACUAUCACAGCUACUCAAAGAUGGCGUCAUUAAAAUCAACCACCUCAUUGUGUACACCCUCCCACAACAUAGGACUUAUCAAAUGUCUUGCCUCGAAAUCAAGAUUAAUGUUUAUGGAAAAGAAGAAAACAAACCAGCAAUUUUACAAAGUUUAGAACAGAACAGAUUCAUAGACGCCGACACACCUAGAGCAAAAGCACACUUCUCAAGAAAACGUCGAAGUGAUAGAACUAUUGAGGUCUAUAAGCUUCAGGAAAAUUUCUCAAGCAGUGAUGAUUUGUCUUCAAAAGAAACAAUUAAUCUGGAGGAAAAGUCUAAAGUUCUCCUUUAUUCUGUUUUGCUGAUGACUAAUUAUACAGCAAGGGAAAAUGAUGAGCAGUGGCUUUUGAAUCUCGAGGAACUGCAGAGAGCCUUCCACCUGCCAAGCUCGGUGAAUUCUUUACGAGUACGUCCCCUGAAUGAAUACUUGACAGUCUGUACAGACGGAGUAGUUACUUUCUUAUCUAAACGUGAACGGGAUCUCGUGAUAGAGUCUGUAGACUCGCCCGAGUAUGGUAGAAUAUUUUUGAUGCGUGCGGACAGAAAUUCGGUGAUAGAGUAUUGCAGAACAUCACUGUACGAACAAAAACCUGGAGAAGUAAUUCUACGCAUUGACUCAAAGUUUAAUGAAGACUUCAUUGACCGCAUUGGUUUGAAAAUUUUGGAUCAUCCUACUAUAGAAGAUUCCAGCAUACAUGAAAUGAUAUCUAAAAAAUUGCGCAUUCCAAUCGAAAUUCUCACUUUGGGAAGAGAUGGUUAUAGCCGGUUUGUUGACCUUUUAAGGAAAGGAGAAAGUGAAAUUUGUCAUGCUUCAGUAAUGAUACUUGGAUGCGGGGGCGUCGGAAAGACAACGCUGCUUAAAAGAUUGACUACAGAGAAUAGUAUAGACGAAAUAAGAGCGUCUACGGAAUCUACCCAAAGUGUUGACAUUCAUCAAACUAAUGCUAGCACUUUACUUGCCUUGCAAUCUGAUGAUCACAAGAGAAUAAAAAUUGACAUUUCUCCCAUCUUACAUACGGGUAAACAUCAAGAAAUUGGAAAAUCACCAAAGAAAGAAAACAUUUCAAUCCAAAAACCAAAGAGAGAAGACGAAAGCGAGAGAAAAAUGUACAACUUAAGAAAUUUUAAUUACGGACAGGAUCAGGCAUUAGAAAAUACCACCAUCACAAGUAACAAUGAUAGAGGAAACAAAAACGUACAACACACAUGGAAUAUUCAAGGUUUUCCAAGCGCCGGCGAAAGUAGAGCAAAAAGAGGGAAAGGCAAGCCUGAAGAAGGAAAUAAAGAAAUGAAAUCCAAUGCUCUCCUUCAGCUUAUGCCGGAUGCAUUACAAAAAAAAGGUGACGUUAAUAAAACCAUUGACUUUUAUGAUUUCGUUGGACAACAUGUGUACUAUGCUACACAUCAGAUAUAUCUACGCCGUAGUGCGUUUUAUAUUCUAGUAACAGACAUGAGAAAAGGAUGGACGGAAAAAGCAGAACCGGAGGAUCAUCGAGGUGACAUGAUGUUCAGAGGCAUGACAAAUGAACAAUACUUAAACUUCUGGCUAGAAUCUAUACAGGCUUUCUCUGGAAGUAGCCAACCAGCAAUAAUUUUGGUGUGCACUCAUGCAGAGGGAAAAUCAGAGGAGGAGAUCUCUGAAUAUUUCAUAUACCUUCGAGACAGAGUUAAAGCAAAAAAGCUCCUUGAUAUGCUAUCCUAUAAUAGGGAAUUUGCAGUCUCGUUUGAAACAAGCCACACUCUCAAUGAAAUCAAAGAUUGUAUAAAAAAAAUUGCCAAAGAAAAUGAGUAUUGGAAGCGAAGAGUUCCCAAUGUGUGGACUCUCUUUCAACAAAAACUGAGUGAAAUUAGGACAAACCACAACACAAAAUUAAUGACAUUUGAAGAACUACAGGAGCUACAAGUCAGUUUUCCAGAGGACAUGAGAUUACCAAAUGAAGAUUUAAAGUUCAUGUUGAAGUUCUUUCAUGAACAUUUUAUUUGUUUUGUAUUUUGACGUUAAAGAUCUGGAGAAAUUCUUUAUACUCGAUGUAAACUUUUUCAAAGAUGCGUUUAAAUGUAUCAUUACUGUGAAAAGUAAUGUCAUACCAAAAGUUACCAGGAAUUUCCACAAACUGUGGAUAGCGUUUCAAGAGAAAGGGGAACUUCCGCAUCCUCUUUUGGAUACAAUUUGGAAUCCUGCAUUCAUGGAACACAAGCAGCAUCUUCUCAUGUACAUGAAAGAACUUUCUCUAAUUACUGAAGUAAAGAAGAGGAAUACAGAGAACACUUCACUCUUGAUAGUUCCCUGCAUGAAUACAGUUCAAUUUGAACCAGAAACAUUUAAAAACUGUCAAAAAACCUCGAUAUUCUGUAUUCAGCUACCUGCUCUUGCGCAUCUGAUCUUCCAGCGACUCGCAACUGUGCUUGCCAAUAAACUGUGGCCUAUCGCGAUAGCAGAAGGAAACCUUUGCUUAUACCAGAAUGUGGUAAUAUUUGAACAUAAACAUCUACUCAUUGCUGUAGGAAGCAUGCACGAUACCAUACAGAUUCAAUUGCUUAGCUACGAUAAGGAAAAGUCAACUGCAGAGAAUAUUAAAGUAAAGGAUGCCAUCAUAUCCAAACUAAAUGAUAUAUCAAGCACAAUCCAUUGCAGUUUUUCACAUAUUCCUGGAUACAAGUGCAAAAAUACAACCUUUUGCGAUAGGACUAACACUUGUUUUAUACCUGCAAACGAUAUUGAUUACACGAAAGAGUACACUACCUGUGAAACUUGUGCAGUGGGAGAAAACAGGAUGGUAAAUAUCAAGGAAUUGGUUUCACACUGGAAAAUGAUCCAAGAUGAGGAUUCUAGCAUGAUUGACAAAGAAGACACGAUGUUAUUAUUUGACUUUGUUUCCGGAAAACUAUGCAAGGAAAAAUCAAUUUUAUGUGCUAGUUUGCUUGGAGAGAGUCACUUUGCUGAUGCCUUGAUGACGAGUAUGACGCUUUCUUCAGAGGAGCAGGUUUUCCAGAUUUUGAAGACUUCGAAGGAGAGGAAUCCAAAUAUAUACCACAUAGAAGAAUUGAAAAAAAGAAUCAUUGAUAUAUUUGAAAACAGACAGCUUGCAGAUGAUAUCAAAUGUUUCACUAAGGAGAAUUAUUCCUUCCCAACAAUUGUCAAACCAUUGCAACUAAUUUUAUCAUCAGAAUGUGAGCUAAUAGUCAAAUCUGUAACAAAACAAAGGAGCAGACUUUUGCGUUUUUUGGGUUUGGAGGAGAGUCUAAGAGAAGGAAUAGAAGAGGAAGUAAGGGAUCCACACAAAUUAAUGCGCCGCUCACUGAAGUGUCUAUCUGACGAAAACGUUUUAAAUAGAGGAAAUCUUUGUGCUGCUUUGAAUUACAUAGGAAGGGUAGAUAUUUUAGAAAAAUUAAAUAUGCUCUGGAAAAAGCAUAACACCGAUUCUGCCAAAAUAUGACUGCUAGCAUAUUCAAGAAGGUUCAAAAUAUGAUACGCUGUUUUGAUUGAAUCACAUUUUAAGUUUUUUCAAGUUUUGAUAUCAUUAUUUUGUAAUGAAUUUAGCCACAAAUACUAGAAAGUACUAAUCUAUGCAUCAGAUGUUUGUUUCUAGCUAGACGUAAGUGUUGUAUACAGUGUAUAAGGAUAUUAACCUGUAUCCCCAUCUGCUUGAAAAAUAAAGGCUUAAGAAACAUCUUGUUUUGUUAGAAUAUAGAUUUAAUUAACAGGAUUUAAGAAUUAUAAAAAUUAAUUGAAAAUUUGAAAGAUUUUUGUGUUUAUAUAUA